AUGAAAAGUGAGGUUUCAGGUACUUCAGACCAACAUCUUGAGAAUGUUACAAGGGAUGAAAUUGAAUUAGACUCUUGUAUACGAAAUGUAUCUGUACAGACCGGUGAAGAGUUUUCACCGCACUUUCUUCGAAACCUCUCUUUAAGAAGAAAAUUGCAAGCUGGUGGUGAAUCUUCUCAAGAGAACCAGCAAGACCGUAUUACAUCUGGAAGAACCAUACAGACAGGUAAAGAUUGUCCUCAAGAGUUCCAUAAAGACUCUGGCAUACCUACAAAGAUAGUUGAAGAAUGCUCUCUUGAGCAUAUUAGAGACCAUGGCGCAUCUUCUAGAACUCUCUUAGGAAAUGUUACAGAUCAGUACCAACAGAAAAGAGUUGGAUUCCAAUUUAAUGAAAAUGAACUUGUUUAUGAGUAUCAAAAUGGUACUCAGAUCAGCAAAAAAGAUCCUGUAAAUGCUACUGAGUUUUUAGACUUUUGGGGUGGCAGAGAACUUCAAACAGAAGCAGAACAAACUUCUUAUUCUGGUGUAACUAGCAGAUACCAUCGUAAGGAUUAUACUAUCAGGGGACAUCAGCAGAAUCCACAACAAUCAACUUAUACCAAUGAAAUCUAUAAUGUUCAAGCUCUGCAUCAUAAAGCGGAUCAACCACAUCAAUAUCAACCUCAUCAAUAUCAACCCUACGGGCGGGUGUCAGGAGUCCCAGAUGGUUCUUUUUCUGAGAAAAUAAAAUUUCUCUGCAGCUUUGGUGGUAGAAUAUUGGCAAGGCCAAGUGAUGGAAAGCUUAGAUAUGUGGGAGGGGAUACACGGAUUAUAUCUAUUAAGAAAAAUCUAAGUUAUCAAGAACUCAUGAGAAAAACUUAUGCUUGUUGCAACCAGCCUCAUAUAAUUAAGUAUCAGCUUCCUGGUGAGGAUCUUGAUGCACUUAUAUCUGUAUGUUCCGAUGAGGAUUUUCACCAUAUGAUAGAUGAAUAUCAUGGACUGGAAAAGGGCUCUCAAAGACUCAGGAUAUUUCUUGAAUCUUCAAAUGAACUUGAGAGUCCAUGUUCUUCUGAAGCAAGAUCUGUUCAGCAGACUGAUAAUGCCUAUAAAUAUGUUGUUUCUGUAAAUGGCAUUACAGAACCAAGUCUGCGGAAGACCUCUAGUAGGGAAAGUUAUGCAGGGAGCCCAACAGAUUCUAACACAAGUUUCCAAAGAGACUCUCCAAGUUCCAUUCAUCUAAUGGAUAUCACAGGCAGCUCUACAAAUUUGACAAAAAAGCUCCCAAGUCCCACUCAAUUUAUUCAAACACCCGGUAACAUGAAGACCUUGUUUACGAGAUCUCCUUCAUUUCCAUAUAGAGAUGCAAUGAAUUCUCAAUUGAGAGUUGGUAGAGAUCGAGUGGACCAACCAGCAUAUGAGAACUCCUAUCAUCUUGAUGUCACUGGUUAUCAAGUUAAUCAAGAUAAUAUAACAUUAGGAACUUAUCAACAGCUGGACAGGCGUUUUGUAGAAUCUCGCCCGACCUGCGAAGAUCAUUCUCAUGUUGAAGGCUCAAAUAGUGAGAAUAUGUAUUAUGUCCAACGUCUCUAUGGUCAAGGUAAUGCGAGUUUCAAGAAACCUGUGCUUAAUGAAUCCGCAAUCCAAUCCGAAAAGUUUGUCAUCUCCCAUAAACAAAAUCCUAAAGUGGUACCUGACAUGCAAUGCCGACGUGAAGUGGCAGUCCCUUCACGACAAAACGUGGUUCCUUAUUCAAUACUAAGCAAACUCGAAGAGUCUGCUUCCUUUUUGCAGCAACAGGAUAUGAAAACCCAAACAUCUAAAUGUGAGAAUCAUCCAGUUAUCUCGAAUUCAGAUGCUAGCAAGCAGUACCCUGAAUGGGAUAUGAUAAAGUGGAUGGAGAAGAACAAUUUAAACAUGGCUUUUGAUUUGGACACAGAAGAAUAUCAGCACAGUGUAUCGCCAGCUACUCCUCUGGAAAGGCAGCAUUCUAUUGCUACAACUGUUAGUAGUGACACGGUUUCCAAUUUAUCUACGGGAUUGCAGCAUAAUAUAUCUCUGGAAACGAGCAGAGCAGAUGCCAAUGCUGAAAACCCUUUUCUCUUAACUACAUCUGUAGAAAGCAAUCAUACUUUGACCUCGGAUUCCAAUGAGAAUGACCAUCUUUUCCAUGAUUUGGUAAUUCCGAAUUCAACCAUUUUUGCUCCUAUUAGCCGUGAUGUUUCUCUUGGUGAGAGCUCUAUAGAUAAUCUAGGUGAGAGGAGCCUUUCACAGACCUCAGAUGAAAAGAAUGUGGAUGAUAGUGAUAGUCUGCCACCCGACAUCCUCUUAUCAACAACAGAGUUUCUGUAUAUACAAGAAAAAACCAGUGGAGUUUUAACUGCUAGCCACAAAGAAACUGAGAGAGCUGCUCAAUCUGACAGCAAGGAUGUUGAACUUGAGGAUGACAAGAGAAUUAGGAAUGGAUCCAUUAGUGAUACUACAGUGGCUGAAAUUCAAGCAGGAAUACAUGGUCUGCAGACCAUAAAAAAUGCUGACCUUGAAGAACUACGUGAAUUGGGAUGUGGUACAUUUGGAACUGUUUAUCACGGCAAGUGGAGGGGAACAGAUGUUGCUAUCAAAAGAAUUAGAGAAGGCUGUUUCUCGGGGAAACCAUCAGAGCAAGAUCGGUUGACCAAAGAUUUCUGGAGAGAAGCUCAGAUCCUGUCACAACUUCACCAUCCAAAUGUGGUAGCAUUAUAUGGCGUUGUACGUGAUGGGCCCGGGGGAACGUUAUCUACGGUUACCGAGUAUAUGGCUAACGGGUCACUUAGGCAUGUUCUUUCAGAUAAGAAUAGAGUACUUGACCGGCGAAAGAAGCUCAUGAUUGCACAAGAUGCUGCAAUUGGCAUGGAGUACCUGCAUUUGAAGAACAUUGUUCACUUUGAUUUGAAAUGUGAUAACUUGCUUGUCAAUUUGGGAGAUCCUGAACGGCCGGUGUGUAAGGUUGGUGAUUUUGGUCUAUCAAGAAUCAAACGUAACUCGCUUGUUUCGGGUGGUGCACGGGGAACACUUCCUUGGAUUGCUCCAGAGCUUCUAGCCGGUAGCAGCAGUCGGGUUUCUGAGAAAGUCGAUGUAUUCUCAUUUGGUAUUGCAAUGUGGGAGAUCUUGACCGGGGAGGAGCCUUAUGCAGACAUGCAUUGUGGUGCCAUCAUAGGUGGGAUCGUGACUAAUACACUCCGGCCUCCUAUUCCAAAACACUGUGAUCAUGGGUGGAAGGCGUUGAUGGAAGAGUGUUGGUCAAACGAUCCAGCAGAUAGACCAUCCUUCACCCAGAUAGCAAACAGGCUCCAAGCGAUGUUCGUUGCACUCCAAUCGAAAAAACAGACAAGAGUACAACCACAACCACUUGUAUAAGCGAAGGAUUUUAUAGGAUAGAAGGAUAUAAAGGAACAGAAAAAAAGCUAAAAAGAAGACCAACAGGCAAUCUGGCUGUCAGUAGAGCAGCCUUCCUUUUGUAGCACUUGUAUGGUACUCAACAUUUUAGAAGUGUGAAUUCUAUUAAACUAAAUCAUAUGUAAGCAUUAUUGGCACAUGAUUGCUAGGUUUCAAUAGAAAAACAUAUUGAUGAUGAAACCCCACUGCAGAUGAUAUUUUUCAGACCCUAUUCUUCU